GUUGCUAUGGGAUGUUAACGUCAGAGCAGUUCUUUGCUCUGUAACCAGAUGAAAUUACUUAGCACUCUGAGGGAAGUUACAGCAACUAAUAAGCCUCAUCUACAAGCCCAUAGACCUGCCAGGCAUGGCAUUCAUUUUGAAAUACAACACACCCGGUCUGAUCAAAAUGAAGUCUGUUGAGAGAGUGGUAUCACCCAUUGCAACACACCUUUACUACCUGAUCCUGAUAUGUGAGAGUGGAGAAAGUUCAGAGAGCUUCACUGGACUGGAGGGGGCAGCAAAGGAAGUGGUGGAUGCUACCGAGACCAUGGCUGCAGUGGCCUCCAGGUUCCUGGAGGGGUUAGAUGAUGAUACCAUGAGGAGCGAGAUGGAACCAGCAAUGUCAGCUUUAUUAGCAUCAGGGAAACAUGUGCUGCUAGCUGCUCAGAAACUCAGCAUUCAGCCCAGUCAAGCUGAGCACAAGGAGGAGUUUGUCAUGUCCACCCAGAAUGUCUUCCUGGGAGUGGUCAAGGUCCUUCUAGUGGCGGAUGAUGCCGUCAUGAGAAAAGUAGCCGCAGCAGCCAAUUCGCUCCUGAGCUGCCUGUCCCAUCUGGAAGCGGCCACAAACAUUCCAGCUCUGCUGAAAGCUUUUCAAGGUUUUUCAGACGCCUUGCUCCUGUUGAACACAUUGGCUAUGAAGAGAGCAGACGAUCUGUGGGACACCAGACAGCGACAUCACGCAAUAGGCUCUCUGGAAACCUUAAAGAAAUGUGUCCCUAUGUUACACACUGCCCUGCAUACCAAUAUCAAGCACCCAAACAGUGAGGAAGCGCAAGCUGCCAAGGCCUACAUUCUUGAUCAGUUUGCUUCUACUAUCACAAAUCUUAUGUCAACGUUGGAAAGCAACUGCCAUGGAAAUAGCUCUGUCCCAAAUGAAGCCUAUACUGCAAAGCUACAAGAACUGUUCAGGAUACUGGAUAUUUCCCCAUUCACUCUGUUUAGGGACAGAAACUGUGACAGUCUGUUGUGUGAUCUGGUAGCCCUCUAUAUGGAAGUGGCUAAGGGCUCACGUAACAAGCUUAAGCAUGUGGUGGUUAACCUCUGCCAAGAUGUGCUUCGGAUCUGGCUUGAGAUUUCCCAGACAGUACAGCUCUUUGAAACUAAUUUUAGAAAUAAAGAAAAAAUGCAGAAUAUCAUGGACGAUAAUUAUAAAACUCUCAAAGGGCAGUUACAGAGACUUGAUCAUACCAUGAUGACAGCUGUUGUGUAUCAGGUUUUGGAUGUGUUUGUUGCAGAAAAGUUCCCCUUCAAUAUGUGGGUAAAUGCAUUAAACCGGCCAUUGAACUGCCACAGUAGCAGGAUGGACACCCUUAAGCCUCUGAUUACUGCCUUUGAUUGUCAUGCUGAUAGGAUGUUCCUGAUCUCUGGCUUUGUCUCUGGUCUCUCAGUGGAUAUGAAGGUUGUGGAGAAUGUUGUAAACUCUACAGAUUGUGUGAAAAGGCUGAAAGGCACCAUCAUAACUUUCCUAGAGAAGGUGGAAGAGACCUCUGACCAUGCUGAAUUUGUAGAUGCACUCCAAGAUCUACACCAUCGAUGGGUAGAAGAAACCCACUUGCUGUUCGAUGUUCUCAGCGAUGUUUUUGAUGUGAAGGAACUUACAAGCAUUAUUAUCCAAGAGAUGGAAAGCAGACAUUAUGAUUGCCAGAAAGCAUUUGCAGUCAAAUGCCACAGUCAAUUCAAAGAGCAGGCCGCCAACCUUGUUGGAUACAUGAAUCUGGUGAUUCAAUCUAUGAAAAGACACAUCAACAAGAAUGACAACCCAAUCUAUCGGAAUGGGCUCCUGGUCUUGGUUAAGCGAGGGGAAUUGUCUAUAAGUGAAGUCACGACAUCCAUAGAGCACAUCUUAGAAUAUGGUUUAGAUGUGGAAUCAUUUGAAAUAUUUUCUGAGAAGACCAUAAUAGCAGGCAAGCAAUUUCAACAUUUAAGCCAAGGGCUGAAUGGUCUUCAGCACCCACACCUCCUUAGUCCCUUACGGGAAGAAGUUCGUCAACCACCAGUUCUGUCCGGUUUCCCUACUCCAGAUUUUAACAACCCAUGUUUGAAAGUUCUGAUGCCAAUAACCACUGGUGUGGAAAAUAAAAAUCCACCAUUUCAACCUUUUAGAAAGGAUUCUGAUGAAAUGUCUAUGGUGUUUGAUAUAGACAAUGACAGUCAGAGUCCAGCCACCAGUGACAUGAAUCCAGUACAAGUUGUUCAAGACAUUCAUCUCAUGCCACCGCUGCAGGAAAUUCUAAAUGCAGCCAAAAAGAAAGAUUUAACAGCUGUUAACAUGGCCAACACUGAUGUCCUGGAGCUCUCCAACUGUUACGCUAAGGCUGCGCAAAUAGCCGGGGUUCUGAUUGACACUGGAGAUAGGCUAAAACUAGAAAACCUCAGAGAAGAAAUUGUGGCCACGACUCAUAAGGUAGUGCGACUAGCUCAGGAGGCAGCCAUGGGCUCUUCUGUGAGUGCAGAUAGCAUCGCCCGAGAAGCCAUAGUUUUUUCUGAUAGGAUCUACAGCAUGCGGCAGAUUCUGCUUCCUGCCACAGGCACCUGGUACCAUGCAAUCUGCCUGAUAUUUCAAGGACAACCAAACAAAACAGUUGCUGAUAAGACACAGGAGGUCAAUGAGGUGAUGCGUGCAUGUGCAGAUGUUGUUGAACUUGUUACGUCUUCUGACCUUUCUGUGCACGGCAAACAUCAGGAAUGUGUCGCGGUGCACAAGAAACUAAAGACCACCCAGGCCAAUGCUAAACACCUCACUGAUCUGGCCACUUUGAUGCCUGAGCCUUAUAAAUUAGAGACUCUAGGUAUCCUGUGGGCUCUUUCCAUCCAAGCCUUGCUUAACGCAAUUGAUAAGAUGUUAGGGUCCGCAGAGGAGGGAGGGAAAGGUCAUUUAACUCUGCAGAAACGCUUGGCAAUGUGGUCAGAAAACUCUCUGCGAAUACAAGAGGCUUCGGAAUUGUCCUCAUUGAAUUGUAAAAAUAAGAACACAAUUAAAAACAUGAGAGGCCUUCAGCAGGAGGUGAAAAGUUUGACUGAGGCCUACCUUCAAGCAGCUGAUAACCUUGGCAGUGUGUCCUGCACUGACAUCCACCAGCUUGCCAGGACUGAGUGCUUGCAAAGACAGCUUCAAGUUAAAAUGAAUGCUCUAUUAAGUCUGGUCAGCACUACAAAUAAGGAAUACACAGAUGCAGUUAAGAGCAUUGUCCACCUAGCUCAUUUGGCCGCUGCAGAUAAAGGAAAAGGUGAAAAGACACAAACAGCACAUGUGGAUUUUGAGAGAUGUGCUGAAUCACUGUUGGAAAAUGUGAAAGCUGCAGCACAGAAGAUUCAAGACAGUCUGCUUUAUAUCAGAGACCCCAGGGUGCGUAGCAGCCUGAGAUUUACUAAAGACCAUCUUUCCUCUCAAACGUCAGAAAUUGUGAGCAGAGCCAGGAAAAUGGCUGAAACCCAGGACCCUUCUGAGGUACUGAGUCUGGAAGUUCAGAAGCAAUGCUGGUCAGCAAAAGCUCGCUUCCUCGUGGAAGAAAUUAACAAAGUGGAGGGCAUUCACCAGGCAACAAAAGACCAAAUGAAACAACUUCUGCAGGGUAAACAGCUCUGGGAAAUGCCAGUUACAUUAUCUGAGGUCCAAACAGAGGAAACCAGACCUGUGAAGUGUCCCAGGCAAAUAAGCUCUGCAUUGAGUGUAAACAUGGAAGAAGAGAACAACCUUGCUGCAUCUGAGGUGCUUCCCAAAAUGGGCAUCAGGAAGCUUGCAGACCUCAGUGUGGCGCCCUCCCUCACCUACACCUCCCUCUUCCUGAAAAGGGAGACAGACAAGUGGGAUGGACAGAACAACCACAUUGUUCAAGUGACAAAAGACAUGGCGGAAAAGAUAUAUCACAUGGUCCAGUUCCUGAAGAGAAGAGGUCCCAUCCAGAGCAAAGAGGCAUUUAUUUACACUGCCAGAGAGAUGAUUUCAGGUUGUCAGUCCAUCACUCAGUUUGUGAGGGUCAUCGCAGAGCACUGCCUGGACAAACGCUGCAAGGAUGACCUUCUCUAUAUUACAGAGCAGAUUCUAACUAUCACUAACCAGCUUACCAUAAUCUCCAGUGUCAACGCAGCAACAGCUAGUUGCAAGUCAUCCAAUGAGAUCCUGGUGAAGAAUGCACAGAGCCUGCUCCACGUCAUUCUCAGGGGCAUCCGGGCCGCUGAGACCGCUUGCAUAAAGGGCUUAAAGCAACCAGAUCCGGACUCAGAUGGUGCUGAAGCCGCUGUACUGUGUCUCCAGUGGAGGCGGAACCUACUGACUCACCGGGCCCAGCAGAACUCCUGCCUGGAGACGGAUGAGCUGGGCCUCCGUAAAACGUCACAGUACCUGCCAGGCCCCAGCCUAGCCGCCCACCCUUUACAUGAAGGAAGCCUUUAAAUGACGAAGCCUGAUGCUUACCACUAUGACCCUGUCAGUCACUGUAUUUAAACGUGUGUUGAUAACAGCAUAGGGAAGUGACUAUCACUUCCAGUUGAAAUUUACCUUCCACAAGGAUCAUGCUGAUCAAAGUAUUCUUGCACACUAUCUCAUCUGCAGACGUCUUUU